CUUGCAUGCUGACUGCCUGUAUGUGGACAAAUAGUGUUUGUUUCUAUUAUCCUCGUUCAUUGAUGAUGCGUUUGGAGUGUUACCCACUUGGGUUAUAACACCUAGGCUUGUGCCCUGGUGGAUUGAACUGAUAUUGUAUGUACAAGUGAAUGCAGCAUUUUAGUUGGCCUCGCUAAAAACUCGAUGAAGGACGAAGUUUUAACCAAGGCUGGUCGUAUUUUCCGAAGAUUGCAUGUAUAAGUGCAAUUUGUAAAAUCCAUUGGUGAUUUCAACAGUCGUCCGGAGUUCAGAGGAACAAUAUUACGUUGGGUGUUGGAAUUGAAGGCCAUCUUGUCAUUUUUUAACUAGUUAAAUCAGCCUUGAUGGUGGACGACUGGGUUAUAAAGACUAUGUAUGCCACCAAACGGCGUCGGCGUACAGUUAAAAGUGUGAAAGCUCCGGUGAAGGAUCCGCCAAAGACAAAUCCUAGUAAACGCCAUCGUGAGCGGCUGAACUCUGAGCUUGACCACUUGGCCAGCUUACUGCCAUUUGAACAGAGUGUCAUUUCCAAGUUGGAUAAGCUCUCCAUUCUCAGACUCAGUGUUAGUUACCUGCGAACAAAAUCAUAUUUUCAAAGUGUUCUCAGUGAUCGGUAUGGUGUCGAUCACAGCCACAUGGUGGGCAGGUCCCACCUGUUUCCAGAGCCUGGCUUCUCUGAGGGCGACAGUAUUUUGCAGGCCCUUUACGGUUUCCUGUUUGUUGUCUCGUGCGAGGGGGAGGUGUUCUUUGCCUCACGCACGGUCGAGCAGUAUCUGGGAUUCCAUCAGUCCGACAUCAUCCAUCAGAGCGUCAUGGAACUGAUCCAUUCGGAGGACCGGGAGGAGUUCAAGAGGCAACUCUCGUGGAACUCCGCUCUGCCAAACGACAAAGCUGAAAUGCCACUACACGAGGUCCUCCUACCUGAAAACAUUCACCACCUAUAUAGAUCUUUUACUGUGAGGUUCCGAUGUUUACUAGACAACACUUCAGGGUUUAUUACAUUAGAAAUAAACGGCUGGAUCCGAGUUCUACAUGGUCAGAACCUAAAAACAGAAGAGCCUCAGAUGGCCCUUUUCGCCACGUGCUGCCCUUUUGGACCGAUGUCUUUGUUAGAUCUGCCCUCCCGUGACCUCACCUUUAAGUCAAAACACAAGAUGGAUUUGUCACCACUCUCCAUGGACAGCAGAGGGCGUAUGGUAUUUGGCUACACAGACAGGGACCUGGCUACAAAGAUGGGCUAUGACCUCAUACAUCCUGAUGAUUUGUCCUACUUCGCUGCAGCUCAUCAAGAAUUGAUAAAGACGGGAAGUUCUGGUCUGAUCGCGUAUCGGUGGCAGACGAAGGAACUCAGCUGGAUCUGGCUGCAGUCAAGUUGCCGAGUGGUCUACAAAAACAGCAAGCCGGACUUCGUUAUUUGUACUCAUAGACAGCUCACGGAAGACGAGGGCCAAGAUUUGGUUGUCAAACGUGGAAAUGAGUUCAAACUCCCUUACCCAUUACUUGACAUCGACAUUUGUUCCGGCUUUGGCUUUUCCGACGAAGAAGUGAGCCCAAAAGUGAAAGGCGGAAAAAGCAAGAAGACCAAAGCUCCCCUUCGGGACUACUUGCAGACAGGCCGCAAACGACGCUGUCCUUACCGGGAACCGCUCAACGGGGUGAACGGCUGUGGCUCAUAUCCCGUCAUAAAUUCGUACAUGGGCCAAGAGGAAAUUAAGUCGGACUUGGUGUAUCCCUACGCGGGUGGCAACUAUGCCUUGGAACCGGAACUGUACAGAGCACCAGGAUAUCACUCGUUCUCUGGUGCAGCCGUGUAUCCAACCUCAGAACCAUACAAACUAGACAGUGACAAGCAUAGUUACUCUAAUGGUUACUACCUUGACCACAGACAAUACUCCCACACCCUAUCAUAUCACAACAACGGCUAUGCCGACCUCAUGGUCCAGUCCUCAAAAUAUGGUUACGAUCUGCCCAAAUAUGGGCUGGACGGCUAUAGCAUAGACCUCAGCAAGAAAGUUCACUAUGACGACAAUUAUAACACCCACCUGGACUCUUUUCGAAAAUACACGCCAUAUGAUUAUAGUGGUAAUCGUGUAAACGGUCAUUUAGACAGCAUGGAUCUGAGGCAUCCUUCUGUGUACAAUGCAGGGAUGGUUGGUGGUAUGGGCGAGGUGAAUGGACCUACGGGACCAACCUCCUGCCUCAGUACUCCACCUCUGCUUCGUCCGGAACAUACCAACCCUCAGAUCUUGAAGUAUGACCAGAGCCAAAACCAUUUACCGGCGGAUUCCAAGCAGUCUUACAGCACGUCUGGCGCCACCAGUCACGCUCACGACGUCAGCACAAUUCGCGACGUCAAGACACAGCAGACCUUUAUCCCUUACCAGCAAAGUUCUGUGAUUAAAAGUGUGACAGGCCGCGCAAGCUCGCCGGUCGUUACAGGUAGCAUGGACCAAUCCAGCUGUUCUGGCGGAGGCCUCUAUUCUCAAAACAGUCGGACUGUUGCCACCAGUUCAUCUGAUUCUUGGCUGUCUUGCACAAAAUCUCACCCGGAUAGAAAGAUAACCUCAACGCCGCUCUCAGAAAACAUGUCCCCUAGUCAGCAAACGACAACCUCAGUGUUGGUAUCUAGUCCCUCAAGCCGGCAUGCUAAACUCCCGGAGCCAGAGAAGGAUGUGACGAUUCUUUCGCCGGCAACAGUGUCCAGUUGCAGUGCGUUGACUAGAUCCACGCCAACCUCCGUGAUUCACUCGCCUGAUAGAGUAUCACAUGUCAGGUCAUGUGAUAAACAGCCUCAUGUUCUAAACGGUAUCCCUGUGCCGGUGGUUAAGACCUCUCCAUGGGUCCAACACUCAAUGGGUGCGACUCCCGGAGCUUACGAUAUGAAGGACUGGUCGGCUGUGGGCAUGGGGAUGGAGAGUUGUUCAAACCAACAGAAGUCCCAGUGCGGAAUGGUGAUGGACCGAUACCUGGCAGCACCCAACAAACUUAGGGUUGGGUUCGAUAUGUUAUAAAACAUGUUUUAAGGGACCUUUGUUCAGCCAUUCAGAGGUUGUGACUACCAACUCGGAGGAAGGACUAAAGCAAAAACAGUGCCAUUGAAAUGUAAAUUAUGUACUAUGAGACAAACUCAGCUAGUGACCAUGUGCAUUUUCUUGAAAGCUUAGAUAAGAUUGUAGAGCGUAUUUCAAUAACUACUGCACAUUAGUGCUUGAAAUGUCUUACACAUGGAUACGGGAAAUUGGUUUGGACAAAGCUCUGUGCUUGGGGACAGCUCCGGCCGUCGUUUGUGUUAAGGACAACCCUUCUGUAUUCAAUACGUAUACCAAACUAAAGGACCCAGGCCGCGUUCUAGAUGGUGCAAGCGGAAAUGGACUGCCUAUAGUGAGAUGGAAACAGAGCAUAUCUCUUAAAAAUAAAGACAUUAUCGUGGUACACCAAAAGUGAUUGUUGGCAAUGUUGAAUAACAUUAAAAGUGGACUUGAUCAAUUGUGUAUGUAAUCUUUCACUACUGCCUGACGUCUGAAGGGUAAUUACCCAGGAAUCCUGCACAUUGUGUUUGGGAAUUGUUUGCCUCCAAUAUGAAUCAGUCUCCGCGCAUGAGACUCACUGGACUAUUCUAGUCACCUCAAGUGUGUCAUACAUUCUCAUCACGACAUUAAUUCCAGUAUAAAGAUCUCGCUGUAUCCCCUUUGCUAUGUUGCAAGUAAAUAUUCGUUCAUUUCUUAAUUAUA